ACUAUUGUUUUGUGAUAUUUUUACCGAUCUGCCGUGAUCAGUGUAUAUUUCGUUGAAAAUAGGCAGAAAAUGUCUUUCACAAGUCGUAAUCUCGUUUCGUUCUUCUUGUUCCGCUCGACAACGGCGAGUUCGUUAAGUGGUACUGGUGGACCUCGUGGCCAAGAGGAGCAAUCACUGUUUCCCACGAUGACCGAUGAUGACAAGGACAUUCCAGUGAUUGGUUUCGAGCAAAUACAUACAAUUACCGCCUGGUGGCUUCAGUUGAUUGCCUCAGUGAUACUUACUAUCAUUGGGUUGGUUUAUGCUUACCCUGACUACUUUGGACAAAAUGACGGGUGUGCCGGGUACUACACGAUGUUACAUUUGAGAGCCGUCUUUUGGUUGCUGGUCUACUUAAUUCAUCUUUUCGUGAAAAGCAGGCAUAACCGAUUGAAAGUGCUCGGGUAUCACAAUUUUCUUCAAGAAACCUACCGGUACAAGAAAGCUCCAUUGAAAAUUGUGUCUUUUUGCAAUUUAUUGAUAUUAAGCUUGCAUACUGUACUGCUGGAAUUGUUCGGGCCUAGUUAUUUCCUCACCUGCAGCUUGGGAAAUUUUUCCGCGAGUCUACUGAUAUGUAUUGUUUGUGCAGUCGAAAGUGUUUUCUUAAUUUUGUUACACAUUUCCUAUUCUGUUAAGAUUCGUGUCUUCAAUAUCAUCCAGCGGCCUCCGGAUGCCCUACUAGAUCCGGAUCAUCCACAGGGCGGCCAAAGCUCAAUGAACCCGGACGAGUUUGUCAGUCAGCAGUUUUUGUUGAUCGUGAAGCUUUUCGAUGAGAAUCGCCACUUGCAGGAUAAAAUUCGAGAAAUUCGCUCAACGGCACAUCUGAUCAACAGCGAAUCGACGCAUCUUUCCUUAGCGGAACAAUCUCUAAUUGGUUUCUAGUUUUCUUUUUC